UAUCCAACUUCUCUCCGUAUCCACCUUUUGCAACGUGAAGUUAGAACAUUUUUAAAAAUUCAAAUUCUGGAAACCAGAAUAAAUAUUAAAGUGUAAAUCACAGCGUUUUAUCGUUUUGAGCGCAAUUUAACAUUAAUAAUAAUAUAAAUUACUACAAUUUUGUGAUUGAAUUUGCUACGUAAUCUUUGAUUUGUAUGCCUAGGCACAAGGACAUUUUUCUUUUGGAUUUUGGUAGUAGUAUUUAUUCAUAAUCACAUAAAAUCAGAAUUUCUAGAAGCAUAUACCCCCUUAUACCAAUACAGAGUUAAGAAAUCAACAACACAAAUAUAAAAGUAUUAUUAAGGAUUACUAUAGAGCCUCCAUUAUCCUAAGAACUUAGAUGACACAAAAAUAAACCAAACUCUUAAACAUGGAUCAGGAGCAGGAUGAUACAGUAACUGUUAAGGAAGAAGACAAUGUUGACCCUACUGUGCUUUAUUCCUGUGAAGCUUGUGAUAUCACUUUUACUUGUGUUGAGGAACACCUAGCAGAGUUUCAUGAAGAUGAGGAGGUUAUAUUGGAAACAGAAGAACCAGAGUCAGUAGAUCAAGAAGACGACAAUGAGGAAGAAAUCACAGAAAAUAAUGGAGAGGAUCCACAUAAUAGUAUUGGAAACUCCAUAAGUCAUGAAGAGAAUGCACUACAGGAACCAAAACCAGUUUUAACUAAAUAUGUUGUGAAUUUUGGAGAAGCCCGAGAAAUAAGUGAAGAAGAAGCUUGUAACUUAGAUAAGACAGUAAAAGUUCUAGAGAUACUUUCGUGUUCGAAUUGCAAGUUGCAGUUUCCAAAUAUCACUCAUUUUAACAAACACAUUUGCUCUAAUAUAUCAGAAUUUACAAAAAAAAACACAGCAAAACUUUUAGAGAAACAUUCAUGUCCAAAUUGCUCAUUGCAAUUUUCAAAUAUCACUCAGCUUAGAGAACAUAAUUGUUGGAAUAUUGAAUAUGAAAACAAGGUGAACACAUCUAAUAAGCAGAGCAAAUCUAUCACAAAGAAAAAGAAGAAAACAAAGAAGCCAGUGGUAGAAGAGAACAAAACUGUUGAGGUACAAAAAUCUAAGCCGAACGUACCCUGCCGCUAUCAAUGCGCUCUAUGUAUGGUAGACUAUGCCAGUAAAUCGGAACUUAAGGAACAUAUGAAAUCCCACUUGAUUUAUGAUAGCUCAGGUUUGGUAAGCAAAUCGAUUAUAACGAUGUCCUUACACCCGUGUAAUAUUUGCGAUAUCAAAUUUCCCACUUAUAAAGAGAUGCAAUUACAUGAGAAGAUGCAUUUACAACAAGAACUUGAACUUACAUACAGUACAGGUGGCAAACAAAACAAUGAAAAACAAACAAUUCGUGAAACAUUUAAUUGCGACAUUUGUAAUAAAGUAUAUGAUAAAAAUUAUGAAGAAAUUCACAUGAAAUCACAUCUUGACGGGAUCGACAAUCUUUGCUUGAUUUGUAAUAAAAGGUUCGAGCCAAGGGAAAACUUGGAAAUGCAUGUAAAAGCUCAUUCCAAAUCUUCAAAAUUAUUAUGUUCCUAUUGUAAAAAGACUUUUCCUAGAUAUGAGCUAUUAAAACAACACGUGGAAACUCAAUGCCAGAAGCGAGAUUUUGAAUGUUCAUUUUGUGGCAGGAGAUUUGCUAAACCCACCGAUAAGGCUAUCCAUGAACGAAUCCACACCGGCGUAAAACCGCAUGUAUGCGAGGUUUGUGGAAAAUCCUUUAGAAUUAGUUACUGCUUGACAUUACAUAUGCGGACACAUACAGGAAACCGGCCAUAUGCUUGCACUUUUAUGGCAUGCAAUAAACGGUUUAAAUCUUUAAGUAUGUUAACCAAUCACCAAAAAACUCAUUCAGAUGUUAGGAAUUACAAGUGUCCAUACUGUCCCAAGGCGUUUAAAACUAUUGUCCAAUUAGCUGGACAUAAAAACAGUCAUACAAAACCAUUUUCUUGUAAGGAAUGUAAUCGGCCGUUUUCGUCUUUAUACGCGGUAAGGGCGCAUAUGGAAACCCAUAAACGGAAUAAUAAUCUAAAAUUCGAAUGUUGGAUUUGUGGAGCGAGUUAUGCAAGAUCUUUUGCCCUUAAGGAUCAUUUGAACGAGGCGCAUCCACAAGAAACCAAUACCGUAGAAACUCAAGACCUUCAAGCCGUUAUGCAGCUGGACGCGUCCACAGAAGAAAUUCAAAAUCCCGAAAAUGUAGAGGAAGCGAUGAAUCAACGUGAGGAAAUUCAGACAGUUCAUAUUGCUGAACAAACAAAUGUCGAAGAACAGGGAGAAUACGAAAUAGCUGAAGAUGAAGUUGGCAUAUGCAAUGUGCAAGUUAUAACUUCUGAAGAUUCAGUGCUCUAUGUUGACGAAACGCCGAAAACUAAUGCAAUGGUCGCCGUCGAAGCUGAAGUUAAAGCAGAACCAUAAGAGAUAUUGUUAUAUGUAUAUUAUUCUUUAUUAAUUAUUUGCCAUAUUUUUUAAAAAUAAUUGUGAGUUAAUAUAUAUUCCCACUUAGCACAAACACUACAUGCAUAUGCCCCGAAUAUAUUAUUUGGUAUAUGAUAGAGGAUAUCCAAGGUCACCAUAAAACAUACACCAGCAAUAUCUUUUUAUCUUCCAUAAUAUAUCCUCGGCAUAUUUAAUUAUUUAUAUACAUAUUUUAGGUGGCAAAUUUAAAAGUUUUAAUGUGGUUAUCUUGCGAAAUAUAAUUUUAUAACUAACCA